GGCGCCGUGGCGGCUCCGCGAUCGCCCGCCGGACAUCGAGCGAAAAGGGAUUCGUCUGGAGGGCACUUUCGGAUCGGGGGAGAUCUAUUGGAUUAGUGGGAUUAUCAGCCUGCAGACGGAGAGAAGUAGCGUUUGAUCAUUUCCAUUGCCUGCCUGAUGGUCGGAUUUACAUGGAGGUGGCUCGGCACGGAUGAGGCUGGAUUCCGGAUGGGGAUUUCCAGCCCCCCCUUCCCGCGCCCCGAUCCCAGGAAAGGGCAGAAAAAUAUAUAAAAAUCGGUAUAAUUGGGAAGUGUCCGGAGCACUACUGGGAGCCCUCCCGCUCCCAGCGGCUGGGAGAGCCGGAGGAGGCGAAUCCAGCGGAUUUACAGCUUCGGCUGCGAUUGCGGGAAAGCGGCCGUGAACUGGAUAUAGACCUGCGGCUAACUGGAUUUGAUUUAUAAGAGGGGAUUCUGCAGUAAAUGGCUGCUCUCUUCAUAUUGCUGCUAUGGAAAACAGAAUUGUCAAUAGGAUGUAGUCUGAUAAAUAGUGCUGAGUGAAGAUGCAGCUUCAAUAAGUGUGAAAUCAAUGGAAGAUACUUACCGCAUGAAAAGCCUUUUGAGAUUUUUCUGACAGGCACCUAUUUAGGAAACUUGAUCUGUUUCCUCCGGUCGCCCUGUUUUUACACCAGUGGAUACAAAUCAGAUUGCUUCACUCUAGUUACACAACUAAUGUGGGACCAUGGCCUUUCCAAGAUCCAUGUGGCUGAACUGUGUAUGGAGAGCGACGGUGGUCCGCCUGCUACACACGGGAUUGAAUGCCACUUUUGCUUUUUCUAUUCUUGGAUUUUUGCUUCACGCUGCAGCUGUGUCCUCCCAAAAAUUGGAUGAUACCAACCCAGUGGUGACCACCAACUUUGGCAAGAUAAGAGGGAUUAAGAAGGAACUUAAUAAUGAAAUUUUGGGGCCUGUUAUUCAGUUCCUUGGGGUUCCAUACGCUGCCCCUCCAACAGGGGAGCGCCGCUUUCAACCUCCUGAGCCUCCGUCUCCAUGGGCAGACGUCAAAAACACCACCCAGUUUGCUCCAGUGUGUCCCCAGAACAUUAUAGAAGGCAGGUUGCCUGAAGUCAUGCUUCCCGUGUGGUUUACUAAUAACUUGGAUGUAGUUUCAACCUAUGUACAAGAUCAGAACGAAGACUGCCUCUAUUUAAAUAUCUAUGUCCCAACUGAGGAUGUCAAAAGAAUAUCCAAGGAAUGUGCCAGAAAACCCGGCAAGAAAAUUUGUAGAAAAGGAGGUCCCCUUACAAAGAAACAGACAGAUGAUUUAGGUGAUAAUGACGGUGCUGAAGAUGAAGACAUUCGGGACAGUGGGGGACCUAAGCCUGUGAUGGUGUAUAUUCACGGAGGGUCCUACAUGGAAGGCACUGGAAAUUUAUAUGAUGGCAGUGUUCUAGCAAGUUAUGGGAAUGUGAUAGUCAUCACAGUCAACUAUCGCCUUGGGGUACUUGGAUUUCUGAGCACUGGGGACCAAGCAGCAAAAGGAAACUAUGGCCUCCUUGAUCUAAUUCAAGCUUUGCGAUGGACUAGUGAAAAUAUUGGGUUCUUUGGUGGUGACCCAUUAAGAAUAACUGUUUUUGGAUCUGGGGCAGGCGGUUCAUGCGUCAAUCUGUUGACUUUAUCCCAUUAUUCUGAAGGUAACCGUUGGAGCAAUUCAACCAAAGGACUUUUUCAAAGAGCAAUAGCUCAAAGUGGAACAGCUCUCUCCAGCUGGGCAGUUAGCUUUCAGCCUGCAAAAUACGCCAGGAUGUUGGCUACAAAAGUUGGUUGCAACAUGUCAGACACUGUAGAACUGGUAGAAUGCCUACAGAAGAAGCCUUACAGAGAACUUGUCGACCAGGACAUUCAACCAGCAAGAUACCACAUAGCCUUUGGACCAGUAAUCGACGGCGACGUGAUACCAGACGACCCUCAGAUCCUGAUGGAGCAAGGAGAGUUCCUCAACUAUGACAUCAUGCUGGGAGUUAACCAAGGGGAAGGGCUGAAGUUUGUUGAAAACAUUGUGGAUAGUGAAGAUGGCAUAUCAGCCAGUGAUUUUGACUUUGCAGUUUCUAAUUUCGUCGAUAACUUAUACGGAUACCCCGAAGGCAAAGAUAUAUUGAGGGAAACUAUUAAAUUUAUGUACACAGACUGGGCAGACCGGCACAACCCUGAGACCAGAAGGAAAACACUGCUGGCUUUGUUUACUGAUCACCAGUGGGUUGCACCAGCAGUGGCCACAGCAGAUCUUCACUCGAAUUUUGGAUCGCCUACGUACUUCUAUGCCUUCUACCAUCAUUGCCAGACAGAUCAGGUACCUGCAUGGGCAGAUGCAGCCCACGGAGAUGAGGUUCCUUACGUACUAGGAAUCCCCAUGAUUGGUCCUACUGAGUUAUUUCCUUGUAAUUUCUCCAAAAAUGACGUCAUGCUAAGUGCAGUGGUGAUGACGUACUGGACAAACUUUGCAAAAACUGGUGACCCAAAUCAACCAGUGCCGCAAGACACAAAAUUCAUCCACACAAAACCAAAUCGUUUUGAAGAAGUAGCAUGGACCAGAUAUUCUCAGAAAGACCAGCUGUAUCUUCACAUUGGAUUAAAACCACGAGUGAAAGAACACUAUAGGGCCAAUAAAGUGAACCUUUGGUUGGAACUGGUACCUCAUCUGCACAAUCUUAACGACAUUUCACAGUAUACCUCUACCACAACUAAAGUGCCAUCGACUGAUAAUACUUUCAGACCCACAAGGAAAAAUUCUGUUUCAGUUACUUCAGCCUUUCCUACAGCCAAACAAGAUGAUCCCAAACAGCAGCCAAGCCCAUUUUCAGUGGAUCAAAGGGACUACUCAACAGAGUUGAGCGUUACAAUCGCAGUUGGCGCAUCUUUGCUGUUCCUGAACAUUUUGGCCUUUGCAGCGUUGUACUACAAAAAGGACAAGCGGAGACAUGACGUUCACAGGAGAUGUAGCCCACAACGUACCACUACCAAUGAUCUCACCCAUGCACAAGAAGAGGAGAUAAUGUCCCUCCAAAUGAAGCACACUGACUUGGAUCAUGAAUGUGAGUCCAUCCAUCCACAUGAGGUGGUUCUUAGGACCGCCUGUCCCCCAGACUACACGCUAGCCAUGAGAAGGUCUCCUGAUGAUAUCCCCUUAAUGACACCCAACACCAUCACAAUGAUCCCCAACACUAUACCAGGGAUUCAGCCCCUACACACAUUCAACACAUUUACUGGAGGACAGAACAAUACUCUGCCCCAUCCUCAUCCCCACCCCCAUUCACACUCAACAACCAGGGUAUAGCCAGACAAGACGAAACAAACUUUUAUUUUUUGAUGGAUUACAGUAGGUGAUAUUACUGAAGAUUACUUGGCUUUCAACCUACAAGACUCUUACUAUUUAAAUAUGGAGGAAUAUUAUGUGAAUAUACAUAUCAAGAACAUUUGGGGUUUUGAAAAAAAAUGAAUUGUACAUAUAUCAAAUGAACUUAAGAAACAAACAAAACAAAAGAAAAAAAGAAACAAAAAAACUAAAAACCCAACUGUUUGCAAUUGCUUGAAGCAGUUGUCCUGAAUGAUACUUUUUCAUUUACAUUCAAGUAUUAAUUUUUUGAAGAUUUAAGUUACAUAAUGGAAUUAGGCAUGUGCAACACAAAGAGGAAAGAACUAUGACUGAAAAUUUUUAAAACCUAUAAAUAUGCACAAGGGACACACUAAUGGAAUGUCAGAUAAUUUUCACCAAUUUUUAUUUGGACCUGUUUUCUUGUGUAGACCAUAUUUACAUAUUUGAAUAAGUACACAAAGCACCAAUGCUGUUAAGGCCUUAGAAAGGGGCUCAUGCUGAAAUCUGCCAGUCAGAGAAGUUUUACAGCCUGGCAGGUACAACAUUAUCACAUAAGUGCUGUCAGUAUAAAAGUUGUGGGAAUAAAGGAAACUGGAUAUUUUUAGCACGAUGUGCAUGAUAAUUUAUAUGCUUGGUGGCUGUGCUGCUGAUUAAGCCGUAAUUAAAAUUCUUCUCAUCCCAUUGGAGUUUUUAAUAGAAGCUUUCUCCAUCAAUUGGCACAACCUAAAGAAGUUUUUUAAAGGGGCAAAAGUAAUUACAGUAAAAUAUUUCAUGGUAGCUUCUGAAAAAGAAGGGAUUGCAACAGUUCUUA